CCUUCCCUGGCAGCCCCUCCUUUGGCUCCAGAGACAGCAGCCCUCCUCCUCCCUUCUUCAGGGGGAUCUCCUCUCUGUGUGCCUGCCUGUCUGUCUUGGCUGCGCCUUCGGGGCGCGUGGGCCCGCUCCCUGGCCUGGCGGGGCCCUUCCCUGGGCAGCUGCGGCUGCUGCUUGGCAGGGCCUUCCUCCUCUUCCUCCUCCUCCUCCUUUUUUUCCUCCUGGCUGUGGAGGCGGAGGGAUGCCCGCCUGGUCCUCCCGCCCUGCCCUUCCUCCUCCUCUCCUCCUCCCUCCUCCUCCUCCUCCUCCUCCCUCCCUCUCCUCCCUCUCGCUCUUCCUCCUGCGGCAGGUGUCCCCUCCGAGGAUGGAGCAGGGCCCGCCAUGGCCCGCCGGGCGGCCCCGCAAGAGGAGCUGCCCUCCUCUGGAGCAGGACCCCCGGAGCUGUCCCUGGAGGAGGUGCUGAAGGCCUACGAGCAGCCCCUCAACGAGGAGCAGGCCUGGGCCGUCUGCUUCCAGUGCUGCCGCGGGAUCCAGGAGGGCGGCGAAGGGGGGCCCGCCUGGGGACCCCAGGGGCGCCUCUCCGGACCCGCAGACCUCCUCCUCCGCAGGGACGGAGCCGUCGACGCCAAGGGAGAGCACGGAGUGGCCGAACUCCCAUUGACUUUGACGCCUUCUGCAGAAGCCCAGAUGGUGCAGUCGCUGGGCUUUGCGAUCUACCGGGCCUUGGACUGGGGCCUGGACGAGAAUGAGGAGAGGGAGCUCAGCCCCGACCUGGAGCGUCUCAUUGACCUGAUGGCCAACAGUGACUCAGAGGACAUUGGCUGCGGCGUGGCGGACGAAGGUUAUGGCGGCCAGGAUGAGGAAGAGGAAGAGGAGGAGGAAGAGACAGCAGCGGCAUCCAGAGGGGCCCUGCGUGCCGUGCGCACCUUCCGCCAGGUCAUGCGGCUCUGCGCAUCGAGGCUCAGCCAGCCCCAAGAGGCCCAGGCACACUACCAAGCGGUCUGCCGGGCCCUUUUUCUGGAGACGGUGGAGCUGAAGGCCUUCUUGGCCAAGAUCCAGGAGACCAAGGAGAUGCUGACGAAACUGAAGAAUGAAGACGAGGAGCUGAGAGACCGGUCAGUUGCAGACCUGGACAACUUGAGGAACACCGACUGGGCCCGGCUCUGGGUCCAGCUCAUGCGGGAGCUGCGCAACGGGGUCAAGCUCAAGAAAGUCCAGGAGAAGCAGUUCGACCCUUUGCCCACCGAGUACCAGCUGACCCCCUUUGAGAUGCUGAUGCAGGACAUCCGGGCCCGGAACUACAAGCUCCGCAAGGUCAUGGUGGAUGGGGACAUUCCUCCACGGGUGAAGAAAGAUGCUCAUGCGCUCAUCCUUGACUUCAUAAGAUCCCGGCCACCCUUGAGACAGGCUUCAGAGCGGCGGCUGCGACCCAUGCCUCAGAGGCAACGGACCCUGCAUGAAAAGAUUUUGGAGGAGAUCAAGCAGGAGAGGAAGCUUCGGCCAGUUGAAGAGCGGUUCCAGAACCAGAAAGGGUUCGGAUCCGUGCCUUGCCUGGUGAAGGCCUAUGCUGGUGACGCCAAGUCCACGUCCUGCAUCAACCUCUCUGCCUCGGACUCUGGGACCCCGUUUCAGCAGCGCCAAAGGCCCCGGGUUCUGCUGAAAGCUCCAACGCUGGCUGAGAUGGAGGAGAUGCUCACCUCGGAAGAGGAGGACUCUCCCAGUUCGGAGGCUUUGCAAGGUCCAGGGCUCAAUCUGGGACUGAAGCGUGACCGCUCUUUUUCGGAGCAAGACCUGGCCCAGUUCCAGAGCGAGAGCCAGAGCAAUGCUCCGGAUGCAGAGAAUGCGGGACACAACGGGUCCGAACACCGGCCCCGCUCAGGGUCCGUCCCGGCCAGCUACCACCCAGUUCCUUGCAGUGCCAGUCCCUAUCCGGCCAAGCAGGGCUUCCUCAGCUCCGUGGAUGAAAAGUCCGAGGCUGGAUCGGGACCUCCUCCUCCAGAGGCCAGCACGAAAUACUUGUGGCUACAAGAGUUCAGUCACCCAGUGGAGAGCCUGGCCCUGACCGUGGAGGAGAUGGUCAACGUCCGACGGGUGCUGGUCAAGGCCGAGAUGGAGAAGUUCCAGCACAGCAAGGAGCUCUACAGCAGCAUGAAGAAGGGCAAGAUCUGUUGCUGCUGCAAGACCAAGUUUGCCCUCUUCUCCUGGCCCCCCACCUGCUUCUUCUGCAAAAGGUCUGUCUGUGGCUCCUGCAGCCUGAAGAUCAAGAUGCCUUCCAAGAAGCUCGCCCACAUCCCAGUCUAUGCCUUGGGCUUCGAGACCCUGCCGGGUUCAUUGGGGCCCAAGGCACCCCCUUUCCAGAAGAGGGAGACUUUCCACCCCUUGCAGGGCACCCGCUGGCGCAGCGUGGAGGAGGAGUUCCCCUACAUUUAUGCCCAUGGAUCGGUGCUCAAGGACGUCUGCUCUGACUGCUCCGGCUUCGUCACAGACGUGGUCAGCUCCAGCCGCAAGAGCGUGGACAUCCUCAACACCACGAUGCCCGGCCGGAGGGGCCGCAAGACCCAGUCCCUCUACAUCCCCUGACACCACGGCCCCCAUCGUCCCCAAGCCUUUGGGGAAUGAGCACUCUGCCUGCGAGGCACCAAAGAGGAAUAGGGAGUCCCUUUUGGGGCUUGAGAGGAAGCACCAAGGUCUCCGCUUUCUGGCUUCUUUGCAUCCACUCCGACACCCAUCAUUCUCCUCUCUGCUUGUGCUGUGUCUCCAAUGCACCAGAGAGGGAAAGGAGUCAAAUCCCCUUUUGGGGUUGGAAAGGAAGCCCCAAACUCUCCGCUUUUUAGCCUCCUUGCAUCCACUCCGACACCCAUCAUCCCCACCUGCCUGCAUCUGUGUAUAUGUCCGUGUAUAUAUAUACAUAUCUAUAGACACUCUAUAUUUAUUAUCCACGGAUCCGCUGCUGGAGCUUCACUUGCUUCGGUCUUCCCUCCCUUGCGUCCCAGCCCUCUGCACAUGCUCUAUGGAAAAGGAGGAGAGGAAGAAUAGGAGAGUGUUUUAAAUGGGCUGCAUUUCUUUGUGGGUUGCAAUUCUCCUUUAAUUGGCAUAUAUAGACUUUGUUCAAAGUCCCAUCUUCCUUCCUUCCCUCCCUUGGGCCCUAGCCCCUCUGCCCAUGCUCUAUAAAAAAAAACUGUGCCCAUGCUCUCCCCAGGUCAGACUCCAAAGGAAAAAGGUGGGAAAUCUGGCUCUAUGGGCCACCAAUGCUCUUUUUGCCGCAGCUACAUCUCGUUCUAUUGUUGUUCGUGCCAAUCUGCUUGCCCAGCAUCUCGCCGUUUUUGUCGCCUCAGGACUUUAACACAUGCCUUAUGGGCCCUGAAACAAUCCACCGUUAGAUGGAAGGAGAAGAGGCCUCCUUGCCUCCCUCUUCCUUAGAAGUCCUCCCAGCAGCCAAUGUUUUAUAUGCCGCCUGCACUGUAAACAAUUGUAAAUAAAAUUUAAAGUGAACCAAA